CUGUUGCCUAGCAACAUGGAAAGCAUAUCUUCGAGAGACAGGAAGGAUAAAGAAUGGAUCGUCAAACCGGUUCAAGAUCUAACGGAUCAUCUGUUCUAGUUACAAAUGUAACUAGAGCUUCAAAGAAACAGGAACCAAUGAUACUUACAGCGGUGGCUUUGCAAGAUCAUAUUUUGCAGAACCUUGACCUCCAGGACCUCUCACUAUGCGAUCCAUUCCACGCACAUAAAAGGACGAAGAAGACAAGCCACCGACCUAUCAACAGAAACCUAGUCAAAGCAGUGGUAGAUACUGGAAUUAAAAGGAAGUCUCCUACUAAGCCUAAAGUACCUAAUGAAGAGGAAGAAUAUGUUCUCGAUCCUUUGCCUCCACCCUUAACACUGGCUCAGAAACUUGGCAUUGUUGCGGCACCUGCCAUGCCUCUAACAUCCGAAGAAUGGGGAAAAGUGAAGAAGAGGUCCAUUGAUCAGGGAGACUCAUCUCAACCGUGUGUCAUAUGCAAAGAAGACUUUCAACUCCAAUCCCAGGUGCUGCUGUCAUGCUCCCAUGUGUUCCACAGGGUUUGCCUGCAGGCGUUUGAAAAAUUCACUGGUAAAAAGACAUGUCCGAUGUGUAGAAAGAGCCAGUAUCAGACCCGGGUUAUACAUGAUGGGGCACAUCUUUUCAAGGCAAAAUGUGCCACAAGGAUACAAGCUUGCUGGAGAGGAUACGUUGUCCGAAAAUGGUACAAAAAUUUAAGACCUACAAUUCCUCCAAAAAACACAAUGUUAAGGAAAAAGUUCUUUGAAGAAAAGCUUACAGAAAUCACAGACAGAUUGCUGAGAUCAUUUCAAACAGAUAUUGAUGUUUUUUUCAAUGAAAUCGACAACUCCAUCGCUGUCAGUAGAAAUGUAUUCCUCCAGUUAGAAGACAAGUACAGCCCCGGAAUAAGUGAAGGAGAAUGGGAAAAGAUACAAAUACAGGCCGUUCGACAGGAAAUAUUUGACUGUCCAAUUUGUAUAAUGCCACUGCAUCAUAAAACGGAUUGUAGUCGAAAGGAUGACAUUAUAGACCAGUCCACACGUCCAGUUGUUCUUUUGUCUUGUUCACAUUUGUUUCAUUUUGCUUGUUUACAGGCGUUUGAAGAGUUUACAACUGGCGACAUUCCUAUAUGUCCAUUAUGCAGAUCUUUUUACAAAAAAAAAUUAGUCUCAUCAUAAAUGUUUCUAUGGUUGAAACAAUGACUACGCAGUACUAAUUCUUCCUGUAUGUUUGAUAUCCUUUCAAAUCAGAAGGAUAGAGGUUUAUAAAAAUAUACCGAAACA